ACAGGGCUCUCAGCACCCCCCUGCUCUGGAGCAGAUGGCCCUCCAGCCAACCCCUCCCUCCUCCCCGCCAGGCUGCCUGGCCCUUUGUUUUCCUGCGAGGUUGUAACCAUUGUCAGGGGCCCCUCUUUAAACACAUCACAUGUAACCCUUGCUCAGAGGACACUGCCCACUGCUCCGUGCCAACCUCAGGAUUCCCGUGCGCCCUGCUCAGCCCCCACGCCCUGCUGUGGGAACCCUCCUUUCCUGUUCCCCCCACUGGUUCAUUCCGGCUUACUGGCCCAUCAGCAAACAUUCCCUGGCCCACUUGGCUCAUGCUUCAAACUCUAGAAAGUUCCUCCAUCUGGUGGCUGUUUGGUGGUAAAGUUCAUCAGGGAGUCGGGGAAGAAAGGCCUGACUUAUUUUACUGGCUCCCUUGAGGGUUGUGUUGAAAACAGACGUGCAGUUGGGGGCAGGACGGAGCCCAGGGAGAAGGCGGCUGCCAGCAAAGCAGGCGGGAGGUGACGCGGGUGGGCUGAGCCGCAGCGUGGCCGUGAGGCCGGUGGGGAGAGGUUGCUUCCUGGGUCACUUACAGGUUGGCUGGACAGAAUUUGCUGGCAGACUGGAUGGGGGGGGUGUGAGAGAAGAGAGGAGGCCUGGUGACCCUGAGGUGUUGGGCCCCCUCAAGAUGGGGAGACUGAGAGGAAGUGCAGGUCUGGGGGAGUGGGGAGCUCGGUCUUGAGGCUCGAGCCUGAGGAGCCCCCGCCCGGGGGUGUGGUGACUAUGGGGGGACUGGAGGGCCAGGGAAGGGGCUGGGCCUGUGGGUCGAACCUCAGCUCAGCCCUUUCCAGCUGCACGGCCUUGGUCCGUCGUCCGUCAUUCAGCCUCCGCUUCGCCAUCUGUGAUGGGGGCAGGUCGCAACACCUGUGUCCGUGCUUAACAUUUGUCUUCACUGACAGCUCGGAUGAAGGCCUCCAGGAGAGACUGGGGCCCCACCUCGUGGUCACCAACUGCUCUGCGGAGCACAGCCACCCGGCCCUGUCCUGCAAGAUGGCUGCUGAGUUCGACGCCUUCCUGGCCAGCGGGCUGAGGUGGUUCUGCCACGUGGAUGAUGACAACUACGUGAACUCGAGGGCGCUGCUGAAGCUGCUAAGAACCCUCCCGCAGGCCCUCGAUGUCUAUAUAGGCCGGCCCAGCCUGAACCGGCCCAUCCACGCCUCGGAGCCGCAGCCACACAAUCGCUCGAGGCUGGUACAGUUCUGGUUUGCCACUGGGGGUGCUGGCUUCUGCAUCAACCGCAAACUGGCUUUAAGGAUGGCCCCGUGGGCCAGCGGCCGCCGCUUCGUGGACACCUCUGCGCGCAUCCGGCUGCCCGACGACUGUACUGUGGGCUACAUAGUUGAGUGCAAGCUGGGGGGCCACCUGCAGCCCAGCCCACUCUUCCACUCCCACCUGGAGACCCUGCAGCUGCUGCGGGCCGCCCAGCUCCCGGAGCAGGUCACCCUCAGCUACGGUGUUUUUGAGGGGAAGCUCAACGUGAUCAAGCUACAGGGCCCCUUCUCCCCCGAGGAGGACCCUUCCAGGUUCCGCUCCCUGCAUUGUCUCCUCUACCCGGACACUCCUUGGUGCCCACAGCAGGUGGCCCGAUGAGUCCUGAACUGCUGGACUACUGUGCAGCUGAGCCUCUGGCUGUCCCUCACCUCUCAAGGCAGCCUAGAGGGCCCGUGGCAAGUGCCUGGGGCUGAGUAGUCCCUGGCAGGGCCUCCAAGUGGUGGACAAGCCCAGGACUGGAUAGUGAUGGGGUGGGUAGAGUCAUCCCAGAUUCCUGGGAGGUGGGGGCCAGGGGCCAGGUAAAGGCCAAAGAGGCCCCAGGGGCUGGGCUCCCAUGGGCCCUGGGUCUAUACCAGCUCCAGUCUCUCAGUCAUCCCCCUAGGCUCAAGCACUGGGCCACCCACCCCCUGAAUCCCCUGGCUGGGUCCCCAAGCACUGAGGGGAUGUAGGCGGAGCAGGGGCAGCAGGCACAGCCUGUGCAGGUACUCUUGUUACUGACUGGUUUCCAGCUCCUUGCCCCCCAACCCUGGCCAGUGGAACCCGGCUUUGUUCACUCCCUUGCCCACUUGCUCAGCUCCCCUUGCUGCUCGGAGCUACCACGUGCCCCAGCUCUGCCUGGAGUCAGGGCUGCCUGUUGGAGAGGAUUCUGGGGAAGUUCUGCAGCCCAUGCUCCGUCUCCCUGCUGUGAAUGUGGGUGUGCCGUCUGGACCCGGGCAGCCGCCUCGCUGCCCUGAAGGAAAGGCCAAGACCGUCAUCCACACCUGCCUUGUCUAGCAUUUGGUCUUGUGAGAAAAUUAAACCCCUAUUUGUUCAAGCCUC